CUUGUGAACGUCGCUCCCCCGCCUCGGCCUACGCGGCCCCGGCGCGCCUUGAGAUCGUCAGCUCUGAAGGGAGACGGUGUCCACCUCUGCUCGUCCUCCUCCUCCUCGGCGUCGUCGGUGUCGUGGUCGUCGACCUCUCGGCCGCGGGUGAGGAGGCGAUGGCCAUCGUGGCGGAGGGCGACGGCGUGGACAGAGCCGUGCGGGUGGUGGGGGCCGAGGCGGUCGACUCGUACACGGUUUACAUCAUAGAGGUGCGGGUCGGAAGACACCAUUGGACCGUAAAACAUCGCUACAGCGCCUUCCACGAUCUCCACGAGCGACUGGUUCUGCAGAAGCAGGUGGAGCGUGCCCUGCUGCCGCCCAAGAGGAUUCUGGGUAAGAACUCGCGAGCGCUGGUUGCUAGGCGACAGCGGGAGCUGGAGCAGUACCUGCAGGCCCUGCUGGAGGUGCGGAGGGGGCGACCUCUCCCCCCGGCACUCGCCACCUUCCUGCACUUCCACUUCUACGAGGUGAACGGGAUCACGGCGAGUUUGGCGGAGGAGCUCUUCGCUACAGGGGAGGAGGUGCUGGCGGGGGGAGAGGCGUUCAGCCUCACGCCGCUGCAGCUGCACGCCAUCACGUGUCGCCUGCGCCUCUCCGAGCCCCACCUCGCCGCCACGGGCCCCCCAGAGCCCGCCGGGGGUCCUCCGUCCCUGCCGCUCGACGCUCGCCGGGACCUGGCGCACGUCUUGGACUUUGCGUGCCGACUCAAGUACCUCAAGAUAUGCGGUCGCCCAGACGGUGUUGGCAGCAGCAACAUUGAGGAAUGCCGGCUGCCCUUUGACCUGUCGCUCUUCCGUUCACUGCACCAUGUAGAGAUCAACCACAGCGAUGCCAAGCAGGUGCAGGGCCUCGCUAAUCUCAAGCCUUCCUUGGCCACCCUGGCCAUGCACCACUCCACCGACAACCUGCAGGAUGUGCUGGAGCCGGAGGGACUGGGGCCGGGCGAGUGGGUGGUGGAGGGCGAGGGCCCCGCAGAGGGGGAGCACUUGCUGAGCGUGCAGCUCCCCCCUUGGGGGUCCCUAACCACGCUGGACCUGUCCCACAACCGCAUCUCCCGCAUCGACGACACGGUGAAACUGAUCCCCAAAGUGGAAUUUCUUGACCUGAGUCACAACGCCAUCACGGAGAUUGCGAAUCUGCAGCACCUCUACAGCCUGGUGCACCUGGACUUGUCCCACAACCGUGUGGGAGCGUGCGUGCGUCUGCACGGCACCCUGGGUAACGUGCGCACGCUCAGCCUCGCCGGCAACGCCUUGCGCAACCUCGCCGGCCUCGCCAAGCUCUACUCCCUCGCAGCGCUCGACCUGUCCCACAACGGCGUCGAGCAGAUGGAGGAGGUGCGGCACGUCGCCCGGCUGCCCUGCCUGGAGCGGCUGUCGCUCAGCGGCAACCCGGUGUGCAUCACAACGGACUACCGCACGCGGACCCUCGCGCUCGCCGGGGACCGCGCAGCUGAGGUGUGUCUCGAUGGCGUGGCGCCGUCGCGCAAGGAGCUGGACACGGUGGAGGUCCUCAAGGCGCUGCAGAAGUCUCGCGACGCUUGCCGGCGCGGCGCCACCCCCACGGCCGCCGUGCCGGCCCACGCCGCUCCGCACGCCCCGGGGGCCCCCCACUCGGCCCCCUCCAGCGCGGACUCCUCUAUUGCGGACCCCUCCGACAGGGGCAGCUAUAAGAGGGGCUCCUCCAACAGGGACCCCCCCAAGACUCCCGACGCGUACAACCACAGGGCGAGCAACGCCAACGCCAACAACUCCACCGCGGGGGCGGACUCGGGCAAGGCGGCCGGUCCCGGGACGGGCGGCUCGUUGACGGACGAUCGCAAAGCCGCGGUCGGCACGGGCGACCUCGCCCACCCUGCCUCGUGUCCACCCCGAAGCUCCUUCCCCGCCCAAGGCCGCCGUGAUGCCGCCACCGUCGGCGUCGACGCCGCCGAUGCCACGGACGCUGCCUCCCGGUGGCUGCACUCCGCUGCCCCCGAUGUGCCUGCUGCUGCCCUUGCCGCCGCCGACUCUGCCCUGUGCGAUGUCUACGCUGCCCCGUGCGGCGGCGUCGCUCGCGUCGCUCACGCCGCACCACCGGCCGCUGCUGCCCCCUGCCCUGCCCCGGGCAGCACCGACGGCGCCGUGACGUCGGUCGGCUCAGCCGGGAGCUGCUCAGAUCUGGUCAGCACGCCGCCCGACGACUUCCCUGGCUGCCCUGCCCCUCGCUGCCCUGCCCAGCCCAGCCCUGCCCAGUCCUGCCCAUCGUACCUGCUGCCCCUGCCAGAGCCUCUUGCUAUGAUGGUUGCCCUCACGGGUCCCCAGCUGGACGUCUACUUCCGCACACACCUGGCGCAGCCUCAACCCGACCGCGUGCCGCUGAGCAGCGGCGGUGACGUCGUCGCGGCGCUCGAGCCAGACGAGGUGCACCUUGAGGCCACGUGA